CCCAAUCCUGGGUUGGCCCCUGACCAAUCCACUUCACUUCCGUUCCCCCGCCGCGGGAUGCAAGUACAGGUACUUUCAUCGGAUAUAUUAAUUUGAGCGAGCAAAUGGCUAUCUUUCGAACUGCCAGGUCAGUGAGAUCAGUCAUGAUGGGUUGUAUGGGAUGUUAGCCAUCAGGUUUGAAACUCAAUUCUUUUUUAGCAGAAAGUCAGUCCGACGGUUCAUCUGAUAUGCGUCUUUGACUCUCUUGAGAAGAAAACAGCUGCUUUCGACUACAUAGUUAGGUGAAGACGCCAAGAAAUCCGUGCAUGCCGUGUGCAGAAACAUGAGCUGCAGCAUAUUGUGAUGCAUGGGCUGGGCCAGUUGGUACAUCAUACUGAGAGGACAUGUUGAUGUGUGUGUGUGAUUGCCGUAUCGCAGCCCGUCAGAUAGGCCCCAAGUAUGUGUCUCGGGAUCAUUGUAUUAGACUUGGACUCAAAUGUCAAGGUGAUGACUACAUGUAUGCACGCCCUAAGGAUCACGAUAGCGAUAUCUGCCUUGAAACACACAUCUACGCAAAAGUCGCUACUCCGGGUUCGAUGAGUUCUCAGCAGACUACCUCAGUAGAGAGGUCUUACACAAAUGCUUCGGUGCCUAUCAAGAUGUUAGAUGAGCACCCCCCGUCUUCCGAUGCUUCCGGUGCCUGAAUUACCAGAGACUCCUGGAUGCAUAACCUUGAGUAUACCAUCAAAAAGAACCCAGCAUCACGUAAGGUCCAUAACUCGAGUGGCCCUGAACGCUAGAUCAGAUAUCACAGUGGCCAUUAUGUCCAUCUACCUCAGUCUAGCACAACGACGAGUGACGUGGGAGACAUAGGUGUUGCGAUGCCUUCACAUAGAUGCACCUGUUUUGCUGAAGACUGUCCACUACCAACUCAAACAGACACGCACAAGCUGAAGGGUCUACUGUACUGCAAUCAAAGUCUAAAGUGGGUGCAGGUAGCCGUGAUUGUGAGAGCCAAUCGAUUUGCCGGGACAAUUGGUAUUGCUCGCUUUUUACUUCGUCCCUAUUUCCCAUUCUUCCCCUCCCCGUCAAAACCCGA